AUGAAGAAUACCGUCACGAAUUCAGCUAUUGGAAGAGGCAGAAACUGGAAGAUCUGCGUGAUGAAUGCUGUGAGCAGGACGACAAUUACAUCUACCUUUCAGCGUGCGAUGUUCCGUGUCUCGUCCGUGUCUCGUCCCAUGUUAGGGCUCGGUGACAUGGAGCGACGGGGAGAUGACAUGCUGGGCCUAGGCGUUCAAAGCAAACAGGUUAAGCAGGAACUGAUGAUUUCGACAACCUUUAGUGUGGGCUUUGAUGGGGUUAUGGGCUCGCGGACGGGUAAAGGAGUCAAGCUCACAUCGUCUUCCGCUGCCGUGCAGUUCCUGGUUGACGUUGCCGCACUGCAGCAACGGGGAAGGGGUGGCUCGCUGGACAGCGGCGCCGGCGCCGUCGGCAAGCUAUCAGCAGCUGCCGCCGCGGCGGCGCCGGCAGUAAGACCCCUAGCGGACUUUGCCUUUAUCAGAAGUGCACCGAAACGUCGCGUCUCCGCCGGCCGCACCGGGAUGUUGGUUAAUACGCCCUCGGCACCGACGGGGCCCAUGGGAAGUUGCUGCGUCGAAGAGCUGCGACGCCUGAACUGGAAAACAAACGUGGUGGAAGCACAGGCGCCUCCCGGUCACACCAGCCGCAUCGACGGUGGCGACGCGGACGGCAGCCGAGAAGGUAUCGAGCCCAGCGACGGUGACAGUGAUGAUGGCAGUGAUGAAGUAGUGAUAAAGGGGUCCUGGCACUUUGGCUCGUUACCUCGCAACGGAGGCAGGGACGCCGCCCUGGUUGUGCACAAUUGA